AUUUUAUCGAUCGACGAGGCGCCCGUCCGGCGGAUACCGGUGCCCCGCACGUCACCGUUUCGCUCGGUUCGUACCGUACGGCGACAGACGACUUAGCACUGCAGUCAUCAGUCAAACACGAGUCUAUGCGCACGCACGUUUACUGUGUCACUGUCUUCGCAUAUCAUUAUUGUCAUCAUCAUCGUUAUCGUCGUGAUCGUUAAUAAUUUACAUCACCGAGGUAGUCGUAAAACGUCAUCGAGUUUAUUGUAAUAUUGUAUAAUACUGCGAUACAACAACCGGUACAGGGUAUUAUUGGCCGUAAAAAUCCUCCACCUAUAAUAAUAACCUCCGGUCAAACGACAUAAUUAUGGUUUAUUUCACGGAAAAACUAAUAAAUGAAGUACGAAAGCGGUCGUGCAUAUGGGACGCGACUGACAUGAACCACCUCAACAAGGAAAUUCUGACCAGCACGUGGACAGUGAUCGCUGAAAACCUUUACUCGGAUUGGCACACACUUAACGGUUUCGAUAAACGUAGUAGAGUGUCCGAUGUCAAGAAAAAGUGGACAAACAUCAAAGACUCGUUCGUUAAAGACGUCAAGGGCAAAAAACCGAGAAAAUCCCAGUGUCUCCCCGAACACCGGAAAAAGUACUAUCUGUACGAUCACUUACAAUUUCUAUUACCAUUCAUUCAAGACUCAAAUUCUGGUGGUGGCAGUGUACCAGUACAGAGAAAGAAAAUACGUAAAAACACGCUUGGCGAAGGCUCGUCUCGGAACUUGCAACCGGCGGCUGUGGUGACGCCCUCAGUCGCCCCAGAAAUAGAUGAAAGAUCAGAAAAUCUGCAACCGGAUGUGCAACAGCAAGUCGACUUACUCAACAACUUUGCGGGUAAGACAGCCGCAAGCGCGCUGUGCCGAUUGGAUGGCGACUUAUCUUUCAUGGUUUCGUUGUUACCUACCAUCAAAUCGAUGAAUGAAAAGCAAAAGAUCAACUUUAAAAUCGGCAUUCUGCAGCUUGUAUCCCGGAUAAAAUUCGAUGAAUUGCCACAUCAUCCCUCGGGUGCUAUGUACCCGUUCACCUCGACGACCCCCGAUCUCGGAAGCUUUUCUGUGUCUAAUCAACCAGCAGUGUUGAUAGACGUACCACCUCAGCAACCGUUCGUCAACCGUGCGACCGUGUCAUCUACACAGCAACAGCAGCACCACCACCAACGUAACCAUCAACACCAUAUCGAGCACGAGUCGACGGUUAAACAAGAAGUGAUCGACUCGAGUCCAAGGAAAUCAUAUUGGCGUUCCGAUUGCGAGACCGAAGAUGAUAUGGACAGUUCUUGAUCAAAAUUACGAUUAAAAACAUUCUAAAUCAUAGAUGUAUGCAAAAAAUUAUUUAUUAUAUUUAAUUUAAGAUCUUUAACACAAAACCACGAUUUGUUGAGUAAGCAUUAUUUUCUUUUUACAAUUUCCUAC